AUGGGGCCUAUUCUUAUUGCUAGUAUUUUCUUCGGUUUUUAUUCGAGUGUUCUCUCCCAGACGCCAAAUCCGUGCAUUUUCGAGAACGGAGCCAUCGCUGCAAACUGGAGUGUGGCAAACGGAAUUGUUUACGUGGAAUUCAUCAAUAAAAAUCUUGCCAACAAUCAAUGGACAGGGAUAGCUUUUGGAGAUUUAUCGGGAAACCUCGAGACUGUGCUUAUGACGAUUCGGAACUAUCGAGUCUCACUCAAUACCGGUCUUUUGGCGAACUCUGGCUACGUGAUCUCUGUCGAUCAACAGCCCGAUGUGACGCCGAUUUUCCUCAACUACAACAUGAACCGUUUGACGGCUCGUUUCCAGCGUCCUCUCUCAGCCACCGGUCCACGGGGUUUCUCAUUGGAUAAUUGCGUCGAUUGGAAUUUUAUUUCUGCGUCUCCCCCUAGCCCAGGCCAGGGAGGGUGUCGGAGCGGCGGCGCAGGGAAAACGGUUAGAACUGGA